CAUGACUACAUUGCGUGAAUGACGAAGAGUGAUAACCUGAUAACUGUACGCGUGUGUGUAUCUGUGAAUUUGUGUACAUACAAAAAAAAUGAGUGACAACGUGGUCGGAGAAUCCGAGCUCCAAAACAGUGAAAAGAAGUUUUGAAUCCAGUACACAGAUUUUUAGCUAAUAAUGGCAGACAGAUUGCCAAAUUUCGGCAACCUCAAAACAAAAGAGGGAUUGGAAGUGCUGAAUUGUCACCUUUCAGAUAAAAGUUUUGUGGAAGGGUUUGUGAUAAGCCAGUCAGAUUUUAUCACAUUUUCUGCAGUAGAAAGUGAACCACCAGAAAACCUCCCUCAUGUCUGUCGCUGGUUCCGACACAUUGCCAGUUAUGGAAAACAUACUCAGAUUAAUUCAGAGAACAACCCUUCCAAUAAUGUAAAUGAAUCUUCAGGGGCAGAACUAUCUCCCACAGUAUCUAAUAAUGUGAAGGCAGCAACUGUGAAGCCAAAAAAGGAGAAGAAACCUGCUGGAACCAAGACAGAUGUGGCAGAAUUAAAACCAUGGCCAUCAUAUAUUCAGGAGAGACUGGAUCUCUGGGACAAACUGAAAGCUGAAUAUGAUGCCGAGAUAGCUGCUAAACCAUCAGAGCCUAUUGUAAUCACUUUGCCUGAUGGAAAGACUGUAGAUGGAAUGUCAUGGCGUACUACUCCAUAUGAUGUAGCUAAAGGAAUAAGUCAGGGCCUGGCAGAUAACACAGUAAUUGCCAAAGUUGAUGGAGUUGUUUGGGACUUAGAUAGGCCACUGACCAAUAGCUGCAAGCUUCAGUUGCUGAAGUUUGAUGAUGAAGAAGCCCAGCAAGUAUUCUGGCAUUCAUCAGCACACAUUCUUGGUGAAGCAAUGGAGAGGAUAUAUGGAGGCUGUUUAUGCUAUGGGCCUCCCAUUGAGAAUGGAUUUUACUAUGAUAUGUUUCUGGAGGACAGACAGGUGUCUAAUUUGGAUUUCCCAGUGGUGGAAGGUCUUGUUAAGACCAUUAUAAAGGAGAAGCAAAACUUUGAACGACUUGAGGUCAAGAAAGAAGAUUUACUAAAAAUGUUUGAGUAUAACCCAUUCAAAGUAAGAAUUCUAAAAGAGAAGGUCCAGACACCAACUACUACAGUAUAUCGCUGUGGACCUCUCAUUGAUCUAUGUCGUGGACCACAUGUGAGGCAUACUGGCAAAGUGAAAGCUUUCAAGGUCACUAAGAACUCUGCAACGUAUUGGGAAGGUAACUGCGAGGCUGAGUCACUGCAACGAGUCUACGGAAUCUCUUUCCCUGAUUCGAAGCAACUUAAAGAAUGGGAGAAGCUCCAGGAGGAGGCUGCCAAGAGGGACCAUCGGAAAAUUGGAAGAGAACAAGAAUUGUUCUUUUUCCAUGAGUUGAGUGCAGGAUCUUGCUUUUUCUUACCAAAAGGAGCCCACAUAUAUAACACUCUUAUUGAAUUUAUAAAGCAAGAGUACAGGAAAAGAGGAUUCCACGAAGUUGUGACUCCAAAUAUUUACAAUUCCAAACUUUGGCAGACAUCUGGCCAUUGGGCCCACUAUGCAGAAAAUAUGUUUUCAUUUGAUGUCGAAAAAGAAAAAUAUGCCCUGAAGCCUAUGAAUUGUCCAGGACACUGCUUAAUGUUCGACCAGCGCACUCGAUCCUGGCGUGAACUGCCACUUCGUCUAGCAGACUUCGGAGUGCUACAUCGGAACGAGUUAUCUGGUGCACUCACAGGGCUUACCAGAGUUAGGCGCUUCCAGCAGGAUGAUGCUCACAUAUUUUGUACAGUGGAACAGAUUCAUAAUGAGAUGUUAGGAGCACUAGACUUCCUGAGAUCUGUAUAUUCAGUUUUUGGAUUUACUUUUCAACUAAGACUGUCUACUCGACCAGAGAAGUUUCUCGGAGAAAUUAGUAUGUGGAAUGAAGCAGAGAAGCAAUUGGCAGAGAGUCUAAAUGCUUUUGGUGAACCUUGGAAGGAAAACCCAGGUGAUGGUGCCUUCUAUGGUCCUAAGAUAGACAUAACAAUAAUGGAUGCAUUACGGAGGUCACAUCAGUGUGCUACCAUUCAGUUAGAUUUCCAACUACCUAUUCGAUUCAACUUAUCAUAUGUCAGUGAAUCAGGUGAUAAGAAGAGGCCAGUCAUAAUUCAUCGUGCAAUCCUUGGAUCUGUAGAGAGGAUGAUUGCCAUUCUCACAGAGUCUUACGCCGGGAAGUGGCCUUUUUGGCUGUCACCAAGACAGUGUAUUGUUAUCCCUGUUGGUCCGUCAGUAGAUGACUAUGCACACAAGGUGCAGAAAGAGAUUUAUAAUUCAGGCUUCCUGUGUGAUGUGGACGUAGAUCCAGGUGAUACAAUGAAUAAGAAAAUAAGAAAUGCGCAAUUGUCCCAGUAUAACUUUAUUAUGGUGGUUGGUGAAAAAGAGAAGACAUCAGGAACUGUGAAUGUUCGCACCAGAGACAAUAUUGUACAUGGAGAAUUUUCUGUACCAACAGUAAUUGAAAAAUUCUGCAAACUGAAACAGGACAGGACCCUAAAGAGUGAAGAAAAUUUCUGAGAAGAGUAAGGAACCUCUUCCAUCAGUAUUGAUAAAGACAUUUAUAAACAGGUGGUACUCAUCUUGUGAACUGACUGCCAGCCACUAAAUGAAGAUGUGACUGCCACCAGUAUUCAUUUUAUUGUAUUUAAAAUAUGAUCUUCUAUCUCCGCCCAAAUGCCUAAUUUAUUUUGUUUUUGUAUUUAAACAGUAAGAAUAUACAAUAAAUUGGAUACUGAAGAGCUUUA